AUGUCGGGAGCAAUCGGACUGAGCCAUCAAGGCUGCCAACUCGAGAGCAUCAUGCGCAGCGUGGACGGCGUAGAGCGCAAGACGCGCAUCUUCUGUACACUUGGCCCCUCCUGCUCGUCCGAAAAGGGACUCACAGAGCUGCUUGACGCGGGCAUGAACGUCGCUCGCUUCAACUUUUCGCACGGAGACCAAAGGAGCCACACGGAGACGCUCAACCGACUGCGCGCAGCGUUGGCUACGCGCCCGCACAAGAACGUUGCCACCAUGUUGGACACCAAAGGUCCUGAGAUCCGCACGGGGUUUCUGGCCAACAAGGACAAAGUCACUAUCCAGAAGGAUGCCACCGUGGAGCUCACGACCGACUACGAGUUCCUUGGCAACGAAAGCAAGAUCGCCUGUUCGUAUCCCGAGCUGCCCCAGUCGGUCGAGCUCGGCAGCUCCAUUCUCGUCGCCGAUGGCGCGCUGGUGCUGACAGUCACUGCCAUCAAGGAGACGAGCGUCGUGACUCGGGCGACGAAUACAGCGACGCUAGGCGAGCGGAAGAACAUGAACCUGCCUGGAUGCAAGGUGCUGCUCCCGACGCUGACGGCGAAGGACGAAGACGAUCUCGUCAACUUUGGUCUGGUACACGACGUGGACUACAUUGCUGCGUCAUUUGUCCGCACGGGCCAAGACAUUGACAACAUUCGCAAGGUCCUUGGCCGUCGCGGCCGUAGUGUCAAGAUCAUCGCGAAAAUCGAGAGCCAGGAAGGACUCGAGAACUUUGACGAGAUCUUGACCAAAGCUGACGGCAUCAUGGUCGCUCGUGGGGAUUUGGGCAUGGAGAUUCCGCCGGAAAAGGUCUUUCUCGCACAGAAGAUGAUGAUCCGUAGAGCUAAUAUCGCUGGCAAACCUGUCGUGACAGCUACGCAGAUGCUCGAGUCUAUGAUCAAAGCCCCGCGACCGACGCGUGCCGAGUGCACAGACGUGGCCAAUGCUGUGCUGGAUGGCACGGAUGCUGUGAUGCUGUCAGGCGAGACCGCGAGCGGCGACUACCCUAGCGAAGCUGUGGCGAUAAUGGCCAAGAUCUGUGUGCAAGCAGAAGGUGCGAUCCACUACAACGAGCUCUACCAGGCUCUACACAAUGCGGUGCUGGGUACAUUUGGCCAGAUGAGCACGCAGGAGGCCAUCACGUCGUCCGCAGUGAAGACUGCGAUCGACAUUAAGGCCAAGAUGAUCGUGGUGUUGACUGAGUCGGGCGACACUGCACGUUUGGUCGCUAAAUUUCGACCGUCAAUGCCCGUUCUAGUGCUUACUGCUCGGGGUGGGACUGCCCGUCAAGCUGAGGGCUUUAACAAGGGCGUCACCGCGCGUUGCAUGGGCUCUAUGAUCGGCACCGACUCGAUCUUGUACCGCGCGACGGAUCUGGGCAAGCAGUUUGGCUGGGUGGAGCCGGGGGAUAACGUGGUGGCUCUUCACGGUAUGGUCGAGGCCUUUUGA